AUGACUCCCUGCAGAAAGUGGCUCUGCUCCUGGACCACUAUGGCAUCGAUAUGAAGGACUUAACCCCUUCACAGCUGGCCAACCUGCCUGCAGCACUGAAACAGCUGCAGAUGGAGAGUGCUACUGACUUGGGCACCGAUACAGCAGACAAAUACCGGAACAGUGCUGCCCCACGUAAGAAGAUCACUGAAGGGGCCAUGACACAUAAGGUGGACAAAUCUCCUGUGCUAGGUGCCCCCACCUCCCUUCCUGCCCCGCCCCCUGGGCCCCAAGCCUCCCCGGAUCACCCUCCCACCAUGGGGGCCCCUCCUGCCACAGAGGGAGCCAGUGUAAAGGAGCCAGGGGCCCCGGUGGAGACAAAGACGCAGGGGAAGAAAGAACCACCAGGAGGGACCACACAUGUGAAGGAGGAAUACGGCUACAUCGUCACCAACCAAAGCCCCCUCAGUCUGUACGACGGGGUGCGUCUGCUGGGGCUCCUGGCUGAGAGGAUCCCACUCUCCACUGGCUCUUUCAUCAACAUCAGGUAGGCUAUAGGCAUAGAGGCCCACUGGCCGACUGGUCCAAUGAGGAGAGAUGACAAUUAGCUAGCUGCUAAUUGCUAAUAAGCAGAUGAUAAUUCGUUGGCUGGUUAAAUCUGACACAUUUACAGAAAUGUUAAUAAAUGUGCAUCGUCCUGAUUGUCAAAUAAACUUAUAAAUGUCAAAUUAAAUGAUCAG